AUGUAUUCUCAUGAAGAAUGUGAUACCCAGCACUCAGUAAUGCAGCAGGAGGCUGGGAGCCAAUCAAAAAAGCAACUCCCUGCAGACAUGUACUACAAAUAUGAAGAGCUUCACUCCAGACCGUACAUCACACCCGAUUCUGAAAUCCCAGAGAACCUCCUGCAUCUCUCUCACUCCUUUGGCUAUGACUGUGGACGCAGGGCAAACCUGAAGCUGCUGGAUGACAGAACUCUGAUUUUUAUAGCAGGGAACAUGCUCGUCCUGCUCGAUGUGAACACCAAGGAGCAGAGAUACCUGCGCUCCUGCAGUGGAGGGGGAAUCGGAGCAAUCACGGCCCACCCUGGCAAGGAGUACUUUGUUGUAGCAGAGAAGGGAAAACAGCCCAACAUCAUAGUCUAUGAAUAUCCUUCAUUGGGACCUUACUGCAUCCUCAGAGGUGGUACUGAGCGGGAGUACAGUUUUGUGGAGUUUAACCACAACGGAAGCAUACUGGCCAGUGUGGGGAGUGCACCUGACUACACGCUGACACUGUGGGACUGGAGGCAGGAGGAGGUGAUACUGAGCUGCAAGGCCAUUUCACAGGAGGUCUAUCGAGUCAGCUUCUCCCCAUACAACCCAGGAAUCCUCACAACGUCUGGAUUUGGGCACAUCAAGUUUUGGAAAAUGGCAAACACAUUCACAGGUCCUAAAUUACAAGGACUUAUAGGACAUUUUGGGAAAACUGUACCAACUGAUAUUGAGGGCUACGUGGAACUUCCUGAUGGAAAGGUGUUGUCAGGAACAGAUUGGGGCAAUUUGCUGCUGUGGGACGGGAACACCAUCAAGGUGGAGAUUUGCCGUAAUGAUGGCAGGACCUGUCAUACAGGGACGGUCCAGCCGUUUUCCCUAGAAGAUGGACAGCUGAUGACGAUUGGCUCUGAUGGUGUUGUCAGGGUUUGGGACUUUGAGAGGAUCAACACAGCUGACAGUAACAGCGAUGGCAGUAGCUUUGAGAUGGAGCCCAAUAAUGAGCUGGUGGUCGGACGCAAUGUGUGCCUCUCCUCUGUGGUGAGGAGCUCCCUGCCUCACUCCUUCGUUUGGUUUGCCCAGGAUUCUAAUGGAGCCAUCUGGAAACUGGACCUUUCAUUCACCAACACAAGUCCUGAUCCAGAGUGCCUGUUUUUGUUCCAUGGUGGGAUGAUUCAAGGCCUGGACGUAUCAAAGAAUUCCCACCUGAUGGCAACAACCACUCUGGACUGCUCUGUCAAAGUUUUUGACUUCCUGGCAAAACGAGAACUCACCACCAGACGCUUUAAUCAGGGAGGAACUGCUCUCUGCUGGGCUCCACCUAAGGUGAGCCAGAGUGGAGGUUUACUGGUGACCGGCUUUGAGAAUGGAGUAGUACGCUUGCUGGAGCUGUACAACCCUCAGAGGCUGCAAACUAUCACAGGACAGAGCCCCGAAGGAGAUGCCGAGCUGCGCCUUAGACAGCCCUUCAAACCACAUGAUGCUGCUGUUACAGCUGUGGCAUAUGAACGAAAUGGAGAGAUCCUGGCCACAGGGAGUGCUGACUGCACUGUGUUCUUCUUCACUGUUGGAGAGAACUACAACCCCAUCGGUUUUAUCCACGUCCCUGGGCCGGUACAGGCGCUGGAGUGGUCACCGCAUUCUCACAACGAUAACAAUCUGCUCAUCCUGUGUCAGAGCGGUCAUGUGGUUGAGGUGCACAGUCCUGAUCUGGCAACUCAGAAACCAACCAACACCUUUCAUCUGUCGGAGCUGCCCAGAAGAUCCUUCAAGUUUAAAAGCAUCAAGUCUCGAAUCAAGAGAGAGGAGGAUUUUGCAAGAAAUAAAGCCAUAAAGGAGAAGAAGAAGAAAGCGAAAGAAGAACGGUUAAAAGAUACAAAACAGCUGGAUGUAGAGCAAGAAGAAGAAAAAGAGGAGAAGGAAGAAUUACCUCCUAUCUAUAUCCCUGAUCCACCAAGUCCUCUCUGCUGUGGCUUCUAUUCACAGCCCCACUUCUGGCUCUCCAUGGGAGGCUUUGACUCAGGCUUCUUAUAUCACUGUAAGUUCUCUGAGAAUCAAGACGAGGAUCCUGAGCAGCGGCAGGAUGAACCAUUCAGCUUUCUGCCUGUACAUAACGCAGAGGAUGACCCCAUCUGUUCCAUCACCUUCAGCUCCAACAGACAGCUGCUUCUCUGCGGCAUGAACUCGGGCUCCAUCAGGAUUUAUCCCCUGCAGCCUGGUGAUCACAGCCUCACCUCCAUGCAGGCUUACUGGACUCUCAGCGUCCACGACAACCAGUAUGGACACCUGCGACACAUCCGCUGUAGCCACGACGACCUCUUUGUGCUGACAGGGGGAGAUGACGGGAACAUCUUCUCCUUCAGCCUGCUUCCUCCGGAGGAGAUGCAGCAAAGCCUGCAGAGAAAGAGAGCCAAGAUUCCUUCACCCAAGAUAACUCUUGGGAAUGAGACUGAGGAUAUUGAAGAUCCAGCAGCCUACAGCUUAGAGAUGGCUAAGCAAAAGCUGCAAAAUGACCAACUGCAAAAGGAGGCUGAGCUAAAGGUUUCUGAAAAGCAGAAGAACCUGAGUGAACUCCAGAAGAAAUUUAAGAAAGUGCUGAAUGACAACCAGAAUCUGCCGGAGCACAUUCGCCUGAAACCUGAGGAGCUGCAGCUGGACCAGCGAUGUUACAAACAGGCAGAGAGGCUGAAGGCCCAGCGCGUGAUGGAGGUCAGGAGGCAGCUAGCCUGGGAGCAGGAGCGCUGCAGCAUAGCACUCAAAAAACUACAGGACUGGUUCAGGGACUCUCUUGGUGGAAAAAUGGUCACUGUGGUUGCCAUCCAGACCAGCCACAGAGUCUCCACUUACCAUUUACCGGAGCCUGCCGAGCUUUCAGCUCAGGUCAGGCAUCGGAGCACAACCAGAGAGCCUGUUGGAGACAGAGAUGCUGCACUAGAUUGUAGGAAAGUCAGAGCAGAGACUGCAAAAGGCAGCACCAAAAUUGACGAGGAGGAGGUGUUAUGCCACCCAGUGAUUCGUACAGCAAAGAUCAAGCUGGGAGAUCGUCAGGAAGAGAGACUUCGAAAGGCUGCAGAGAAAGCUGAGCAAGCUCGAGCCAAAAUAGAAAAGAAGAAGCAGGAAUGGGCACAAAUUUACGCAGAGAAACCAAGUGAGGACUAUGAAGAUCCGAAGGACGUGGAAGCCAUCCGUGAAGCCAAAGAGAACAUCGGGGACUACAUCGGGGUGAAACACCGGAGGGUGAACGCUGAGAUGAAGAGAGAAGAACUGAUUUCCUUGGAGGAAAAUAUGCAUGAAAAGCAGAGUGAGGUGAACAGACGGAUCGUGGCAUUGCGGGACUCCAAACUUCGUCUGGUGUCUUGGUUGCGUGCUCGGGCUCAGCGGCUGCAGAAGGUCCAGCAGCGCCUGGCGGUUCAUCUCUGCCGGCCUCCACCCAUUCUGCCCAACAUGUUACCAGAGGAAGUGCCAGAGGAGAAGUUGCGGUACAGCCACUCCACCUUGGAGCGAUACCGGUCACUGAGGGAGCAGAGGUACAGAGGAUGGCUGGAUUUGGAGCAGGAGGGAGCAGCGAGUUUGUUGGAGCAGCUGGACAAAGAAAUGGAGGAGGAUAAAAAGGAAGAAGAGCAGAGGAGAGAUGUAGAAGAAACUCCCAGAUUGUCUGUUUCAUCUGUAACCAGAGAAGAAGAGGAGACACCAGUGGACGAAGGAUCUGAACUGAGCGAGCUGGAGGAGGAGCUUCAGAAGGAGGAGGAGAUCAGACUGCUGCAUGAGCAGAACACUCUGCUGGAGGAGAUGGAGACUGCGGUUUGUCAGUUUGACGCGGAGCUGCUGCUGCUGUGUCGACAGAAGCUGCAUCUGGACUGGCGGCUGAAGCUGGCUGACCUCCGCCUGGUGAUGCUCUUCCAGGAGAUGCUGCUCCUCAAACAAUUUCAGAGGAGAGAGGGAGGCUUACAUGAGAAGCUCAACACCUGCAUUACGGAGGAGAACAGCAUCACAUCAAAGCUGGGAGAGUGCAAUGAACAGCUGGAGAUGAAGAGGAGAGACAUAGCCAAGCUGCUGGAGAGGGAGAAGGCUCUGACCGCUGCCUUCCAGGCUUCGCUCGGAGAAAACAAUAAGUAUGAAGAGUUUCUGACCAAAGUCUUCAAGAAGAAGAUCAAACGUGUGAAGAAGAAGGAGCAGACGGGAAAUGAAGAAGAAGAGGACAGUGAUGGAGACUCUGAAGAAGACGAUGACUGGGAUGAUGAUUAUGACAGUGAAGAAGGAGGAGCUGCUGUGAAUGACAGUAUUUGCCCUGAAGGCUGUGAACCUGAGCUGUUUGAGAACACACUGCAGCUACGUGAACGUCGACUGGACCUGGAGGAACUGUUAACAGAGGAGAAAAAGAGCACUGAAGCUCUGAAGAAGGAGAGCGACAGCUUCGCAAAGAAGGAGAAAUUGGUGAAGAGCAGCCGGGCUGCACUAGAAGACGGCUUGGAUUUAAUCAACAGGGAGAAACUGCAGAAAAUUAGUGAGCUGGAUGUUGUGGUUCCUCUGAGAUUGCACCAGGUUGAGUAUGUUCUUAAUGGCUCAGUGCCGUCAGAUCUGAGCGAGGCGUUGGUGUUGGACAAGAGUGAGCUGGACAGGCUGAAGGGGCGCAUCCAGCAGCUGCAGGGGGAAAAGCUCCAUCAGAAAGAUCUGCACCGUCAAGCUCGCCAGCAGCACACCAAGCUCAUCCACGACCGCAGAAACAUGGCUGCCACGAUCCAGACACUGGAGCAGCAAUGCAACGAGUUGAUGAGAACAAAGUUUGGGAGGCUCGUGGAUUUGGAAGCUUUGCAGAUGCUGUCGGGGAACAGGAGGCUGGAGGAGCUAAAGCAGGAAAAACUCCUCAAAGAAACCGCAUACGCCAAGGAGAUCAGACAGUGGGAUGCUAAGGUAGAAGAGGCACGUCAAGCUGUGAUGGAGGUGACCACGUGUAAUACGGAGCAUCUCUGCAGUGCAACGAGCCUGAAUGAACAGAAGAAGAAUCUACAGCUUAAACUCAGCACCAGCCAAAAGAAAAUGGGCAGACAACAGUUCCAGGACUACAGGAGACGCACAGACCAGGAGGCUAUCCAGAAUCUCCAAGACUUGGUGAUAAGGCAGUCUCAGCAAGCUAAAGCCCUUAGGAGAGAGAUCCACCUCCUGUCGUGCAAAGGGGGUCACAUGUUGCCCCCUGAUCAGACCAGACUGCCACCACUUUCCCCCUUGCGCACCCCCAUAGGCAGCAUCAACACUGGAAAAUAA